CUGUAACAAGCAAGGCUUUCCUUUGUGGAGUUAUAGAAAACAGAGAAAUCAUGAAGUUCUCUGGAUCACAGUUGCCUUCCCCUAAAAGAUUCAUGGAGAGAUAUGAAAAAGCUUCUGAGCAAGAGAACAUCCUCCUCAUUGGGGCCGUGGGGGCAGGGAAGUCAGCAACCAUCAACACCCUGUGUGCCUCGCUGUCUGGGGAAAAGCUAUACCGUGCCCCUGUAGGUUCCCAGUCUGGGGAAUCAGGCAAAAGAACAACAACUCACCUUAUAUGGUAUGAUAAAUGUGGAAUUGAUGAGAAAAGGCUAAAGGAGAUGAGGGUACCCAGGUAUUUUCCAAAUUUGGUGGACAUGACUGGACUAAACAAUGAAAACUCCCCCCAGCAGAGGAAACUAUUGGACAUGAUAAUCACAGGACGAAUCUGGAAUAAAACUUCCAUUCCAGCCAUCUUAGACGUCCAAAGGACUCAAGGAGAUCGCAAACUUGAGCGCAUGUUUCCGUUAGUGUACCGGGGACGAAGGAUCCAUAAGAUACUAUUUGUGGCUAGUGCUACAGAUAGAAUUCCAACUGAACUGAUAGAAUGUGUGAAAAAUGUGGCCCAACCAGAUGGCAGUGCACAGUAUCUCAACCCCAGAUAUAUCCCAAUAUUUGGUUUACUUACAAAGGAAGAUAUGGUUUCCAAGACAAAAAUAGAUUUGAAUAAAAAAGAGCAAGAAUUUUUGGAAUGCCUUGGAAUAAAUGCAGACACGUCUUACUCCCUGUGGCAGAACAGUGCUACUGGCGACUACAGUUACUCUGUUCUGGAAUUCAUGGACAAAUUAUUUUCUCCGAACAUCCGCUAUGUCCUGGAUGAGAUCUCGAUACUUAAACUGUGGAUUGGGGACUUGUAUGAAAAUCCUUCAAUUUUCUUGGCCUUGUUUCUCGCUGUGGUAGUGAUUGGUUUUGGUUUAAACUGUUUCUUCCCUUUUUAUGAAAUGAUAGAAAACUCCUUUGGACUUUUUACAGUUGUAGGAAAAGUUAGUAGACUGUUUACAAGUUUCAGGACAUGAAAAAUAAAAAAAAGAUAUUGUAAAAAUGAUUCACUAACUUUCAAUCAAGGUUGUGAUAUUAUGAGAUUCUAGUUCAACUGUCAAUCAUUGAAAAUAAGCUGGAAAUUAUUAAUGUUAGUUCAACUGAGUCACAUUGAAGACUAAAAUGUUUCAUUGAUGUAGAAAUCCAUUUCCUGGUGUGUCCAUCAAAGCGUCUGUCAUAAUUGAUUAUGAAAACUUUUUCAUGUCUUUGAAAAUGAAAUACAUGAUGUAACAUUGUUGACUUUUAAAGAUGAAAAGUGUUUAGAAUGAAUGUUAAAUCUGCUCAUAUACUCAGACUCAAAUGUGUCUUAAAGAUAUUUUAUAAAAAUCCUUUCUUUUAAAAUCAAUGAGGUAACAAUAUUCUAUAUUUACAAAAUAAAAAUAA